AGAAGCUGAAAAGACUACUGGGAGGCCGAGCGCGGCGGUGUGGGGCGCUGUACGCGUCUGGGGCUGUGCUCGAGCGCGGCGGGCAGCAGCAUGAAGAGGCGAGCAGGGGCGAGAGAGAAAAAAGAAGCCAAGAAGCAAAAGCUUCUUGAAGAACUUGGAGAGAGCUGGCUUCCAUAUCUGACACCUAGAGAUGCCGAAUUCCACCAACUGUGGAAGACCGCAUAUUCCAAACUCCUCCUCAGGAAAGCUGAUAAGAUACCCCAAGAACUUCAUCACAUAGUGCAGGAAGCCUUUUUGACCUUGCAAAAACAUGAUUGUUUCUUCCAAGAUCUUGUUAGGAUCAAAGGAAAAGAUUUUCUUACACCAGUAUCUCGUAUAUUAAUUGGAAACCCAGGAUGCACUUACAAAUACUUGAACACAAGACUAUUUGCUGUUCCAUGGCCUAUGGAGGAUUAUGAAAUAAAAUAUUGCCAUCCUGAACUAUUUACAGCUUGUAAAGCUUUAAUCAAACUUAAUGACUUCUUGACUAUAGAGGCAGUCCAGGCUUUGCAAGAACAAAAUUUAUCUGGGACCAAUGAAACUGAAGGUACUGCUGUUACAGAUAGAGAACAGGAUUUUUCUAAUUUUAUUAUGGGGUCCCUCUUAGAAGAUCAAAGCAGUCUUUAUACACCAAUGAAUGACUGCACCAGUCUGAAGUAUAGAACAUCUUAUAACUUGACUUUAUUGAAUUAUAUGGAUCCUCUACAAAUGCCGUACUUGAAACAAGAGCCUUAUUUUAGAAUGGGGAAUAUGGCAGUGAGCUGGCACCAUGAUGAGAAUCUGGUUGAAAGGUCAACAGUAGCUGUGUACAGUUACAGCUGUGAAGGUUCUGAAAGUGACAAAGUUAAUGAACAGCAUGUGGAAGGGAGAGACCCAGCUGAUUGGCAUGUAGGCCUGAAGGUAGCAUGGGACAUAAAGACACCUGGACUGGCAAUACCCCUUCACCCAGGAGACUGCUAUUUUAUGCUGGAUGAUCUCAAUAUGACACAUCAGCAUUGUGUUCUGGCUGGUUUUCAGCCACGCUUCAGCUCUACCCACAGAGUGGCAGAGUGCUCAACAGGAACACUGGAAUAUAUUUUUGGACAGUGUGAAGUUGCACUUCAGAAUUUACAGGUUGAUUCUGAUUCAGCGGCUUUAUCUUUGAAAUCACUGGAAGUCCAAGUUGUAAAAGAAGUGGAGGAAAUCCAUAACGAGGUCGAAUUGAGUGGCUUAGGCAGUUUUGGUUUCAGGGCAAACGCUAUAGGAAUUGCAGUGAUUGGUGGUUUGAACCAAUGGCUAAAUUGGAAGAAUUCUGGAAAAAGAUGGAGUUUUAUGUUACAGGCCUCAUGUGUCACUUUCAAUUUGAAGAAAGUUUCUUCCUUCACUAACGACAGCAGAUAACAGUUCACACUAUGCCAUGAACAGAAAAAUGUUUUUGCCUACUGGAGAUCAAGUUCUACAUCAUGAGCUUUUUCUGCAGAUCACAAACACUCAAAACAUUACAGAAAACCAGAAUGUAGUAUGUUUGUGCUCCUCCAGCUGCAGAAAGAAAUCAGAAAGCCUGGAUUUCACUAGUGAAGAAGGAAGUGAUUUGUAACUUUUAUUUUUUUUUAAUGCAUUUGUCUCUCUUUUUUAAACCCACAUGGACUCCCAUUCUGCUGUUGGUUUUGAUCUCAAAUGACUUAUCAUUUUAAAAAAAGCUUUUCAGUUUAUUUUUCCUUGAAAUAACAAUCUAUUUUCUUGUAACACAAAGACAAGACUUAGUGAGGCAGAUGCAGAAUUGUUUGAUUGUUAUUUUAUAACCAUUGUGUGUUGGGAACAUGGAAAAAACAGCACACACAGAAUUCUCAAGGGCUAGGUUUUCUGCAAUUGGUGUGACUUACCAUGUGUCCUCUAAUUAGAAAUGGUGGCGUCAGUGUAUCUCCUUUCAACAGGCCUCAGGAUGAUAUUAUCAGCAAACUGAAGGCUUAGGCCAAGAACAGAAGCUGCUUCUAAUUUAAAUUUUAAAAAUUGCUUUAAUGUUUUAUGAUUUCUAACACAUUAAUCACAAUUAAUUUCAGCUAUUGAGGGAGACAGUAGAGAAUUUUAAUUGAGAAUGUCCUGUUGUUUUGAUGAGUCUUUAAGGUAAAUUUGGUGCUUACUGUAUUUGGGACCCAGAAGCAGCCUUUUUUAGUUCUGUUCUUUCUCUUAUACCUGCAGCAUGUACCACAGUCUUUUAAAAACUAACAGUAGGGGGCAUUGUUGAGCUGCAGUUUAAUGUAACAACAAUACUGGGCUUGAGAAAUACACAGAAAUGUAGUAUUACUGUCAAGAAUUAUCCGUUGCUUCAAGUUAGCUGUAAUCUCUAAGAUUCCAUAACACAGGAAAUCAAUUGUGGGUUAACAAAUUCAACAGCAAUUUAACAUAAAAAGUGCAGUGUUUUCGUGCACAUUUGGAUUCCAUCGAAUAAGUUAAAUCAAAACAACAUUUCUGGAGGUACCUGCCAGUCUACUGUCAAUAUAUUUCUGUAAAUUAUAAUCGUUUUAGCUGAAUGAGUAUAAAAAAAUCAUUUUAGUGUAUAAUUUAGAAAAAAAAUCUAAAUUCUGAAUGUCUUGAUACUGUAAUUUUGUCUGUACAGAAGCACUAUUGGAGUUUCCUUCUAAAAGGAAAUACUUUAAUAAGCAGUUCAUUUUUCUUUACCUCUAUAUGAGCUGUACAACUGUUAUCAUGCAUUUUACAUGUAUAUAUCUAGAAUUUUACAAAAGCAGGUCUUGGUCUCUUUGUUUUUGUUUUAUGUUUU